AGGCGCUUCACUUGACAUUCGCGAGCCUGUCUUACGUGACAUAACUUGGUUUUCUGAUUCUACUGAAUCGAAAAAUGUCGAAGUACAGGAUUGUGAUGGUUCGCCACGGCGAAAGCGAAUGGAAUCAGUUAAACUUAUUUUGCGGAUGGUAUGAUGCCGGUUUAUCCGAAAAAGGAAAGAGUGAAGCUCUGGCAGCAGGAAAGGCUUUGAAGGAGGCCGGAUUUAAAUUCGACUGCGCUCAUACUUCAGUACUGACUCGAGCCCAGGUGACGCUGCAAAGCAUCCUCAAGGAAAUCGGCCAGGAGAGCAUCCCAAUUCAUAAAACCUGGCGUCUGAACGAACGUCACUAUGGCGGUUUAACUGGCAUGAAUAAGGCUGAGACUGCAGCAAAAUAUGGAGAAGAGCAAGUGCAAAUCUGGAGGAGGUCUUUCGACACUCCACCACCACCGAUGGAACCAGGUCACAAAUAUUAUGAGAACAUUGUCAAGGAUCCCAGAUACGCCGACGGACCCAAGCCCGCAGAAUUCCCCAUGUUCGAGUCUCUCAAGCUCACGAUUGAGCGAACCUUGCCCUACUGGAAUGACACUAUUAUUCCACAACUCAAAGAAGGAAAGCAGAUCAUCAUAGCGGCUCACGGAAACAGCUUACGCGGAAUCGUCAAGCACCUUGAUCAGAUGAGCAACGACCAAAUCAUGUUACUCAAUUUACCUACUGGUAUUCCAUUUGUGUAUGAACUGGAUGAAAAUUUCAAACCAGUAGUUUCCAUGAAGUUCCUUGGAGAUGAGGAAACUGUCAAAGCAGCUAUAGCAGCCGUUGCUGCUCAGGGAAAAGCCAAAUAAAGUGUUUCACAAUCAUUUUACUGAAGAAUAGCAUCCUCUGUAUUUUAAAUUUGCUUUAUUUAUUUCUCGAUCUUAUG